GGUGAAGACGGAGGGGCGCGGCGGGACGUGUGUGUAGGGACCAGCGUGGCAACCAUCACUGACCCGGACUGUCUCGGCCCGUGUGAGCCCGGCACCUCAGUCAUGCUCGAGGGCAUCGUCUGGCAUGAGACAGAAGGAGGAGUGUUAGUUGUGAAUGUAACAUGGCGUGGCAAGACUUAUGUGGGUACACUGCUCGAUUGCACUCGUCAUGACUGGGCCCCUCCAAGGUUCUGUGACUCGCCUACCAGUGAUAUAGAGUCUCGGACGCCCAAGGGUCGGGGCAAGAGGGGGCGGGCUGCCACCACGACUGCUGGCACACCUGUCAACAACGACGUCACAGUAACAGAAACUAGAAGUGGUAAAUUACGAAAUGCCAAUGUGAAGGGGCGCAGAGGGAAUCUCACUCCUACAAGUAAUCCUCCUCCUAGUCCAGUUAAGUCUGAACCUGGUGGGACCAAACGAAAGACAAGAGAACCAGAGACGCCUGAUCCAAAAAACUGGAAACGCUCUCGUGCGAGCUCACGGGGCACACCUACCAAUGGUGCAUCCAGUCCUGGACCAGAUCACCCUUCCUCUCCUCAGCUGAUUGAAUGUCCUGAGCCUAAUUGUAACAAGAAGUACAAACACAUCAACGGGUUAAAGUAUCAUCAGAGCCAUGCCCAUAAUAAUGUCGCCAACGAUGAUGAGACGACCAGUACAGAAGGGCGUGCAGAGAGUGAGGUAGAGGAAAGUAGGCCACCUUCUCCAGCACCAGUGGCUGAAACUCCGGUGGAUAAUACAGCCCAGGAUGUUGUUAAACCUUCAGUUCUACGAUACUCCGGUCCACCAUCCACACCAAGCCCUGGUCCCAGUGAGGAGAUAGCUAAAGGGUCUACAGCACAACCUCCAACAUGUCAACCCAGUGUAAUUCAAUCUCGAGUGCCACAAGUCAGCCAGGGAGGUGUGUAUCUUUACACAGGAUCAGGAGGAGUUGUAAGUCCACAGCAUCCCCAGGUUGGGUCUCCAGUCUUAGGAAUGUCGCCAAUACCUGGUGGACUUUCGCAAGUCAGACCAGGACAAAUCCGACCUGAAGUUCGUCCAGAAGUGAUGAUGAGGAUAGGAACAGCUGUGCCAAGGCAGGUGGGUCCUGCACCUGUGGGAUCACCUGGUGCUCCAAGUGUGCCCAUAACACCUCAAGGUACUCCAUUGUCCAGCCUUCCAGGUAAUUCCCCUGGUUUGAUCAAGGUUAAGCAAGCACUUAUAGAGCCAGAUAAGGGUAAGCCAAAGGAAUUGGUAAAUGGUUUAGUUGCAAAGGAUACACGAGAAGAGGAGCAACCUAGUCGAGAAGAUGCUCGAAGUCCAGCUUAUUCUGAUAUAUCUGAUGCCAAUGAUACUGCCCCAGUAUUAGAAGGGGAUAGUGAUAACAAAGACUUGCAAGAUGAUAAGAAAGCAGAAUUACCUCUUGGACCACAACCUUAUCCCUAUGGGAUGUAUUACCCUGGUCCUUAUGGCCAACCCUCCCCUUUCUUAAUACCUCCUAUACAACCUCCCCCAUCUACUACCCCAGGUAAAGAUGGAGACAAUAAAGACCCAAAGGAAAAAUUAUGUGAUAAAGACAAAAGAGAUAGUUUACCACCGCCAGGAAGCAGUGAGUAUUUAAACAAAAUUCAUCCACAGUACCUAUAUUCUCCACAUUACUUAUAUAAUCCAGGUUACCCUGAUCCUUAUUUAAGAGACCCUCAAAUAUACAAGGAAGCUGAAAGUAAAGAUUUGCCUCCUGGAAUAAGAGAGGGAGACAAGGGCCCAACAGAUUUAUCUAGAUCAGCACCAGGCAUCCCUGGCACUGUGUCAUUAUCUCCAGUAAUUCCAAAAGAUAAGUUAUCAAUUGUUAAGGAUAAACAGGCUGAAAACCAUGCAAUACUAAAAGAAGCACAUGAACUGAAAGGUCAGCUUCCUGGGGAUAAAAGGCCAUAUGAACCAAGUCUAGCAUAUAGAUUUCCAUAUGAUCAGCGAUUACCAAUACAAGCACAACCUCAAGAAAAGCCUGGAGAAAAAUCAACAGGACUCCCUAAACCAUCACCACCUGCACCACUUUCUAGUCCUCGAGUUGGUUCAACACCACCAUCUAGUUCUACUUUAAGCAAAGAUGACCGUGGAGAAAAGAAACCAGACAGCAAGAGUGAAGGUGUUAAACCCACCAUGGAAACAACAGGGCCCCCGCCACCUCCAACAUCAUCAGCAUAUUAUCCACCCUUCCCUUACAGUGCCCUUCCUUACGAUCCAUACAGGCCACCUAUGGUACCCCCAAUGUCCAUGCCUACAAGCUUUUCAGCGCAUUACUUGCAGCCAGGGAUGAUGCCAAGAUUCCCUCUAAGUUCACCAGCAAACACACCAGAGGAUCUGUCACGUGGUAGUUCUAGUGGAGGCAUGAUCCAUCCUUCACAACUGUAUUCCAACCAUAAAAUUCAUGAGCUACAAGAGCGAGCUCUUAAAUCACCAAUAUCAUCAGCAUCUAUGAGUAUGGCUGCACAGGGAAUCAUGACUACUCCACAGAAAAUUGCAUCUCCAUUAGCUAACAAAGAUGGGGCCUUGACACCAGUCACAUCGUCAUCCUCAUCAUCUGGUUCUAUACCCUCCUCUGCUUCUUCCUUGGUCCAUGGAGGGGGUGGGCCCGUGGGAGGAGGGGUAGAGGGGCGGUCUCCACCCACAGCGCGCCCCCCCACACACCACCUGCAUGAGAGCUUCUCUACGUACUCUCUCAUCUCUCCUCAGUUCCAUUACACAGCUUUGGGCCCAGGACAGACACCAACGGGAGCAACCUCAGGUCUAGCAGCAGCUCCAACAGCCAAGUGAAGCCAAGUAAUGCUAACCGCAGAUGACCCUGUGGUGGGUCCCAUAGAGCAGAUUGAUAUGGAUGGAAUAUGAGCCUCAGACUUCAUAGCAACUCUAAUCAUUGAAAAAUCCUGUUUAAUCAUGGUCGUCAUUGAUGCAUCCAUGGAAAGUUGGAAAUAUAAAGGAAAAGCAGAUUAAAAUUGUACUGUUGCUUAUCAGUGACUUGCUAUGUUUCAUGGUGAAAUCUGUAAAAACCAUUAAAGACAUUCCACUGACCUGGAAUAACAAAUAUUGUGAUCAAGUGACUUUAUACAUGAGCAUGGUGGUACAGAACUUGCCAUUGUUGAGAAAGAGACCAGAAAGUACAAAAAUAGUUUGAAAUACAGACAAAAGUAAAGGGAAAGUGAUGGAAAAGAGGUUGGCAAUAAUGUUGAACUAAUUUGGUAUUGUAAAUCGGACUGAACCUGACAUUGGUAUCCAAAAGUGAUGUUCCUUUUAUAAUUAGCAUUGACUAAAUUGAAAAAAAGAAAUUUUUAAAAUGGAGAAACUGACUUUGGGUUGUGUUGUCCCAGAACUUCUGUGAUGAUGCAUGUUACUUUGUUGUUGGCUACACAAAAUAGGAGUGAGAUGGUGAUAAAAGUGAUUGGAAAAGACCUAAGCAAAUUUCUUUGCUAGAAUUCCAAUAAUUGAAUCUGAAAAUAAUCAGAAUCAUAAGGUGAAGUGGUUUUGUCUCAUGUGAUAAUAUUCAAGAUCAGACAUGCAUCAACCUCCAGUACUAGUGAACAGGCAUUGUGCUUGUGAUGUUGUGAAUUGUGUUGAUUACCUUAUUUUUAUAGAUAAUUGGUAACAAAUUGGUGUCUUUCAUUACAAAUGUAAUUGGACUUUGUUGCAAUGUGUUGAGUGCUCUGUGUAGGUGAGUCACCAGUAUGCAGAAUGUUGAAAUACAUACCUCCCACAAGUGUUCACACUGAUAGCCUUCUCACAAGAAAUAAGCAUCGUGCUGUUAUGCUCAGGUAGGAUUGAGAGGUCUGCAAUGAAGAUACUGCAGUUAGGUACACUUAGUACAGUAUAACUGAGGGUUUGAGAACAUAGAUAACAAAAGGUCUUGUUUACAUUUUAUGUACAUUCUUUCCAGUACAGUGUUAAAAUUCUGUCAAAGUUGUUACAGAGUUAAGUGCUAACUGCAGUGUGUGAUAACUUCAGAUUGAUGGCAUGAAUAGCAGCUAAUUUCUUCCCCUUUUUUCCUGAAAUUUGUUGAGUGAAUGAAAGCAAGAAUCUGUUAUCCUUUUUUGUUUGAAUGUUUUAACAUCAAACCUUUGAUAUCUUGCCAAGCCAGAACUGAAGUAUAUCACAUUUGGCAUGUUAGCUUAUAGUGGGUCAAGACCAUGUUAUCUAUUGUAUUGUAGGGGGAUUUUUUUUUGUGUGUGAGAGCUUAGUGAUCGACCCAUGUGUAACUGGUUCGUGUUCAUAAAUCAUCAUUUAUACUGUGAUCAUACUGCUGUGGAGUCCAUGUUUAUAUAAAUAUUGUUCUGGCCAGCCUGUGAUAGAGUCAGCAAACUCAGGUGUGAUUGAUUGCCUGCUUGCCUGUCUACCAGAUGUUUCUUACUGGGAUAGGCAGGCAGACAUUACAAUACGGAAGUUGAUACAAAUUUUGGGGAAAAAAAAUUGUGCUGUUUAUUUUAUAGAUAAUAUAGUAUUGGAUUUUUUGGGGAAAAUUGAAACUGAUGUUCAACUAAAGGUAAAGAAGGAAAUAAAGAAGCAGAAUAGUCAUGUUCUGAUGGAGACAAUAAGAACAACAGAAGUCAUUCUGAUGUCAUUCCAUUCAUGAGAUAUCAUUCCAUAAUUCUGCUAGACUGUUUUGACUCAAUAUAACAUGCAUUUAGACAGAAACCUUAAUGUGACAGCAACUUUCAUAAUAUUUAGCAAAAAUUAUACGAUUACUGUGAAAGGAAGAUGAUAUCAGCAGUCAAGGUGAAUGUUUUUUUCCCUUGUUCAGACAUUAAGAGGCUAAGAAGAUCAGACUAUUCUUUCAUAAAUAGUAUGCACUCAUUGGGUUGUUUUAAUAAAACAUUUUUAAUGGGAAGUAUUAUUUGCAAAUAGUAUUUAUGCCUAGAACUGCUCAUGCAAAUUUAUUUACUCUAUAUUUCAAAAGAUGUUAUCAAAUCUGUUUAAUUUUUAAUACCUUUUAGUCACAUAAUUUGUGUUAACAAUGCUCUCAAUAAUUGAUAUCUGUUGAAGAUGACAAAAUUGCUGUUUCUUUGUAUUUUAAUUCAACCUAAAGACUUGUACCAAAGACCUUUAAAGUUUUAUCAUUUGCAGCAGAUCAGUUAAUUUUAAAUUCAGAAAUUGAUUUAGGGCUUAUAUAAAUGAGACAAGGGGUGUGAUAGUUUUACCAGCAGUACAUAUAUAGUCCAGCUAAGCUGGAGUACUACAUCUGUACCAUAUUGCAAGAAAAUAAAGGACAAGAAGAGUUGUUAAGACACUAAAUAGUUCACCAUGCACACAGCUACCUGGUUCUGACAAGCCACUAAAGUUAUGUACAAAUUUAUUUUCUAUGUCAUUAUCUUUCAUCCAUUCCUUGCUGUAUUUAUUUAAAGUUUAAAACUUUUUAAUUUCCAUUGCCUCAUAUCUUAAAUUAAAAAGAAAAAACAAAUCAUCUUUUCUCUCUAGCAUUUCAUGUAUGUUGUGAACUGAAUAGAAUUGUUUAUGGUUGCAGGUCCAUCCUAUGGAACAUAAUGGGACGUUUAUUGGAUGUCUUCUGCUGAAUGGACUAUACAGUGUCCAAUUAUUUCAUGUUACCUUAAGAGUUGUACAAUCUGUUUUAAAAUGUGUUAUUUUAAUGUUGGAAAUACCUCAGUCAUUGAUAAUUUCACAUGAUUUUUAUCAAUUAAGAUGUUAUCAAUAUAUAACAUUUCUCAAUAAUAAUUUUGCACUGAAAUACUGGGAGACAAAAACAUAUCUUGUUCGUAUGCAAUUUUGUAAUAAAAUUCAUUCUUACCUUGGGGAAGCAAGAGGGAAGCUAAUUCUGUCCAGAUAAAAUCAAUGAAAAAUUUAAUUUAACUAGCAAGUACUUUCAUUUGCAAGACACCGACUCUGCAGCGAAAGUUGGUGUGACGAGGUUGGCCAGCCCUUUGAAUCAUGGGGUAAAGGCAGGUUAUUAUGAGCUAGGGUUACUAUUGUCAUCCUUAGUGUCGUGUUGGGGGCUAGAAACUUGUUUAUCAUUUGUGAUUGCUCACUUAUAGCCCAAGGUAUAUGUUACCCGUGAUUGGUCUAUGUGACCCAUUACUAUUGUAGAACUAGCUGUGAUUGUCUAAUUAAAGCAUUUCAUAUUUAUAUUACAAGAGAACUGGUCAAGGAAGUACUUGUGGCUGUAGCACCCCCCCCCCCCCUCCCUGCCCAACUUUGGGAAGUGAUCAACUUAACUAGGAGAGAAUUGUCAUUAAGAAUUUGAUGAGUGUGGUAGGGUUUCAUAUUACUGUACAAAUGUUGGGAGGAACACGGUACAUAGGGACUGCCUGUUGCUCCUAUGUACAUUUUGAUUUGGCUUCUUACAAAAUAAAAAUACUUUUAUUGUA